AUGUUGGACGGCACCCUGGACUGCCUAAGCAACCUGCACUUCAUCCACAUUCUGCAGCUCUUCCGUGUCCUGACCACGCUCACGUUUGACCGCCAGCGCACCGCUGCCGCAGGCCUCAAGACGACGCGAACGAGGAUGCUGUCUCAAUCGAAUGAAGAGCUGAAACGCAUCGGCACCACCGCCGCCGCCACCGUCACCUGCACCUGGCUCGCUCUCGCCAACGACACAAACACCUCCAUCGACCGCGACCAUCUCUCCUCGGUUCUGCAGGUAUUACACCUCAUCUAUGUCGACAAGUGCGUUCAGCCAGCAUGCUCCGUUGCCACAACGCUUCAACAUCCACGCCCAGCCUUUUGUCCGUCUGUCGUGGCGUCCGUUUCCUCCCCCAGCACCAACGGGGAUGGCGGACUCACCAUCGACCACCGCCGCCGACGGCCGUUUGGGUUCAGGUCGCUCGCCGACCCCAGCAGGCAGGCACGUGUGGAGGGCGCCGAGACCCCCAAGCGCACGUUCCAGCACGACAACACACGUCAACACGAUUGUGGUUUGCGCAGACGGACGGGUGCGCCCCAAGCGCGGGAGACGUGCCCUAACUUCUCGUCCGAGUACACACGCGCGCGAAGUGGGCAAGGACACGCACGUGGUCGUCAACAAAAAGACGCUGCAGGCGCCGUUCGAGACGAAGCUCAAGCUGCUGUCGGGGAUUGGCGCCGUGUUCGCGGGCAUGAUGCGCCGCAAGACCGACGUGGAGACAGGGUUGCAGAAGCACGCUGCUGGAACGCAGACCUCUUCAUGUUCCUGAUGUCGCUGCAGCCCUUUGGGAUGGUGGGACCUGUCGCUGGGGACGGGCAACCUGAACCCCGAGGAGGCAGCGGUGGUGGAGGUGCAGCACGAGAGUUGGACGCAUCCCCAAUUGGCGUGGGCGUGCAGCGACAACGUGCUGUUCCGGACGGUCACGGACGGACAGCGAGUCCAGGCUGGCGACCCAGCCCUCCGACAAGGCUGCUGGGCGUUGUGCACGCUGAGCGGCCGAACCCGCUGCCGAUGCCCCCACACAUUCACGUGCUGAUGGAACUACUUUUCCACGGGCCGCACCCUGGAGCUGAUGCGUGGAUGGGUUGAGGGAAGUAGACCUGUUUGGUCGACGUGUGGUGUGGUAGGUUGUAUGCUCGUUGCUUGUCAGCCGGUUGGAUCGCGUGAAGAGUUUACUACAGUGUC